AUGACGGUCCGCUCCGUGGGCCGUAUCCCGGGGGGCUACGUGACCAACCACGUCUACACCUGGGUGGACCCUCACGGCCGCAGCGUGUCGCCUCCUCCAGACCUGCCCCAGCACCAGAGCGCCACCCUCAGGAGGAGCGACAGCCAGCGCCGCAGCCACAUGCAGCUGCUACAGGACGGGGACGAGAAGAAGGUAUGGGGACAGGGGCUACACGGUCCAGGGAUAAUGUGA